AUGGAAAAGUCACGAAGGCAUAUCGGUAAACUACGAUGAAGUCCGGAGUUACAUAGCAUUGUGGGAUUGGAAUAAAGAAGAUGGCUCUACACGUACCGAAAGCUCCGGGCUUUGCCCAAAUGCUUAAACAAGGCGCUAAGCAUUAUUCUGGUUUAGAUGAAGCCAUCUAUAAAAAUAUUGAUGCCUGCAAGGAACUUGCGAAGACUACGAAAUCAGCUUAUGGUCCGCAUGGUCAAAAUAAGAUGGUUAUCAAUCAUUUAGAGAAACUCUUUGUCACUAAUGAUGCUGCUACUAUUUUACGUGAAUUGGAGGUUCAACAUCCUGCUGCUAAAAUGAUUGUAAUGGCAUCACAACAACAGGAACUUGAAUGUGGAGAUGGCACCAAUUUUGUUCUUAUUUUUGCAGGCGCUUUACUUUCAAAUGCAGAAGAACUACUAAGAAUGGGUUUGUCAGUAACUGAAGUAAUCGCUGGCUAUGAAUUGGCAUGUAAAAAGGCAUUGGAAAUUUUACCAGACUUAGUUGUUGAUGAAGCUAAAGACUUGAGAAAUAAAACUGAAGUUAGUAAUGCCAUUAAGACUGCAGUGAUGAGUAAACAGUAUGGAAAUGAAGAUUUUUUAGCACCUUUAAUAGCUAAUGCAUGUAUAUCAAUUUUACCACAAAAAAUUAGUUUUAAUGUGGAUAAUGUCAGAGUUUGUAAAGUUCUGGGUGCAGGAAUUACACAAAGCGAGGUAAUCCAAGGAAUGGUGUUUAAGAGAGAAAUUGAUGGGGAAGUCACCAAAGUGUCGAAUUGUAAAAUAGUAGCCUUUUCUUGUCCAUUUGAUAUUAUGCAGACUGAGACAAAAGGCACUGUUCUUAUUAAAAAUGCUAAGGAACUUGUCGAUUAUAGUAAAGGUGAAGAAAUACAAAUUGAAGAGCAUAUCAAGGCUAUUGCUGAUACAGGAAUCAAUGUUAUUGUUACUGGUGGUAAAAUAGGAGAUCUAGCUCAACAUUACUGUAACAAAUAUAAGUUAAUGGUUGUUCGUCUCAUGUCUAAGUUUGAUCUCAGAAGACUGUGUAAAUGUGUAGGAGCCACUGCUUUACCAAAAAUUGCACCACCUACGUCAAGAGAGAUCGGUUUCUGUAGUCAAGUUUAUGUUGAUGAAGUAGGAAAUACACCACUUGUUAUUUUCAAACAGGAUAAAGAGGAGUCUGCUGUGGCAACAAUAUUAGUUCGUGGUUCAACAGAUAAUAUUAUGGAUGAUAUAGAGAGAGCUAUUGAUGAUGGUGUCAAUACAUUUAAAGCUUUAACAAAGGAUGUCAAAUUGGUAGCCGGAGCUGGUGCUACAGAAAUAGAACUUGCUAAACAAAUCACAACAUUUGGAGAGAGUUUGCCUGGGUUAGAACAAUAUGCUGUCAAGAAAUUUGCUGAAUCGUUAGAAGUUAUACCUCGAUCAUUAGCUGAAAAUACUGGUGUCAAGGCUACUGAAGUUAUGGCCAAGUUAUAUGCUGCUCAUCAAGAAGGCAAGAAAACUGUUGGUAUUGAUGUUGAAGGUAUUGGAGCAACAGUAAAAGAUGCUAAAGAAGCUGGCGUUAUAGAUCUAUUUAUAACCAAACACUGGGGAAUUAAAUUUUCUACUACAUCAGCAUGUACUGUUCUUAAUGUUGAUCAGAUAAUUAUGUCUAAACCAGCUGGUGGACCCAAAGUUAAGGAGAACAAGAACUAUGAUGAAGAUGAUUAAACCAAUAUAUAUAUAUCUAUAUAUGUUAUAACAUUUAGUACUACAUUAUUUAUAAAUACUACAUUAUUUAUAAAUAUUAUAUUACUUACAGAUUUUCGUCUUGUUAGCUUUUGUCCAUUUACACAUUUAUUUACAGGGGCAUAUAUCUUGUAUGUUAAAAAAUUUGUACCAAAUGAAUAAAACAAAAUUCUUUCACCAA